CGUAGACAUGAAGAUAAACAAGGCCGGAGUUAAGUGCUAUCAGAGUUGCUUAUUAAGAGGAAGGAAUAUACUUGGCUGAGGCAUCGUGGGGAAAUAGCAAUAGCUGAACGUUUUCAAAAGGAAUCACGUUCCCUCAACACGGUACUUACUUGCCCUAACCAACCCUAUUUGCCUUAAUAGUGCCACUUGCAUAUGAAAGAAAUGAGCAAAAACAUGAAUCUAAUCUAGUCUCAGAGAGAAAAUGUCGCUCGAACAUUUCCUGCAGUGUUUACUGGGACACGAGGCUGGGAACGUUCGUUGUUGUUUUCGAAGCGAGUACAGCGAGUGCUACACAACACAACAGAAAGUAGUUAAAGAAAGCAGCUGACUGAGAGGCACACAUUCAGUGCACGACAGCCCAGUGGUUUCCAGGCCCAGUCAAACAUUUGUGUUUGUGCUGCGCUUUGUUCAGAGCAAAGCCUUUGAAAUCUCUGCCACAAAAGCAACAAUACUCCGUGGAAGGUCCCCGACCUGGGAAAAAUGCACUGUCACGGCCACAUGAGGUUUGGGGGCAUAUUUCGGCAGCAGCCAGCGCCGUGUAGCUUUCAGUGUAGAAUGAGACGCUAAGGGUGAGCAUCCGGACAUUCACACCAUAGAGGUGCUGAAAGCUUAAAGCCCUCGAGAGACACCAUCCGCCCGGAAGGGGAGCCGUGUACCACCAUGUUUAGGACCAGCUACCUGCACGAAGUGCGCAAGGAGAAGUAUGAACGCACAGAUGUGACAGAUGAGGAACCCCAAGAGUCAUCUAGCGUCUCGGCCACUCAGAGCCUUCAGGGGCUCAAUUCCCGCUUUUCGCAGUACAUCAACAGGGCACGAGUCCUGGAGCAGCGCAACGCUGUGUUUCGCAAGCAAUUGGAGGCAUUACAGCGCCUUGAGGAGACAAGUGGCUGGGAGGACGCCUUCACGGAGCAGAUUAGAGUCAACAGACAGCACAUCAGAGAGCUCUCCUCGGAACAUGCCGAGUUGGAGCAAGAGCUGAAGGACGCCUGCUGCCUGUUGGAUGAAUUAACAGACAAAUAUAAAAAUGAAUGUGAUUACCAAGAAGGGCUACGUAGCACACUGGAAGAAUUAAACCAGGAGGCUGACAAUGCUCUCCUCAGAAACCUGGAGUACCAGAUCCAGUCGCAGUUCCUGCAGGACGACAUCAAUUUCAUCAGCGAUAGACAAAAGAAGAACCUUGCAGAGAUCCAGACGUACGUGGACGUUCUGCAUCAAAUCCACCAAACGAUUCCGCCUAUUCUUGAUGGGUCAGUGGGCAUCUCUGAGGUGCAGAGGACGGUGCCGGAGCUUCAGAGUCAGUUGGAGGAAUACAAGAGCACCCUUUGUCAGCUUCAGGCUCAGAAACAACGCCUACAGACUGAGACAAUGAUGUUAGAGCAAACCUUUAAAAACACAGAGGACAGGUACGAUAGUGAGAUCCAGAUGUACAAUGAGAAAAUAGAAUCCUUACGAAAGGAGAUCGAGGAAGCCGAGAGGUCCCUGGAGAAGUUCAUCUGUGAAUGCCGACACCUGGCCACGCACCAGACGUCGCUCAAAAACGAACUGGAGAAUUACAAGAGGAUCAUUGAGAACGAGGGCAGCAGGUUAAAUUCAGCAAUCCUUGGUACUCCAAUUUCCAUGUUCAGCGCUAAUUGCCACUACACUCACACACCGACUACAUCGAGCGGAAUGAGAGAUAUCACCCACGCUCUCCAAGACAUUACCAGCAUCAAGCCUCGCCAGAAGAAUCUGGCAAAAAGGAUCCUGAAAAAGAAAGAGCAGAGCACAAACGAUGCAAAUGGAAGUGGCCUCGAUGGGAGGAGAGGAGGAGCUCAUGGGGAAGGUCAAGAGGAAGAAAGAAAAGUUACCCUGUCUGAGAAAGUGGACAAGGAGAGGGUGAAGAAGCAAGAUCAGAGGCCUGUCCUCUCCGGAAUGUCUCCGCAAGACGUUCCAGAUGGAGCGCAGAUCAGCCGAGCGUUUGACACCCUUCGCAACAUCGUCAGAGACAGAAUGAGGAGGUACAGGAGGCCUGAACCACCGGCUGACUUCUACACCAAGGGUCGCUACGUCCUUGUUAGCGGCGAUAGCAGCUAUUCCGACCCUUGUUUCUACACAUCCACUCCAUCGGGCGGCCACGUUUAUGUCACUAUCAGAGAUGGAAUGGUGGCUCCGUAUCAGCCUUACGGACACACCACACCCUCUCCUCCACCACCUCCGCCCAUGGGCGACCAGAAGUCUCUGGACCCAACUUUGCCCAUUAAUGGAGGGGCUAAGCAGGGUAAUAAGGGUGCAAGAGACAAGGAGACAGGAGGUAAAAAUAAGCACAAGAGCGAGGAGAUUCCUUCUAAAGAGUCACGCCACACCCCUCCGAUCAUGGACCCAAGCUUCGACUCAAAGGAUCCCACCCCAAGUCUGCCUUCCGGUACAAGCUCAAGCUCCAGUUUCAGCACAAGCACCAGCUCCGGCGGCCUUAACGGAGCUCCGUUGAGCUACGAGAAGGUGAAAAUGAUGGAGUCUGUAGAGAAGUUCACCAAAGGUCCUGACAUGAAAAGGUACGAGGAGACGUCCAUGGUUGUGGAGACUACGAUUGAGAAGUCUCGCAAGAAGAAACAGUGAAACCAGCAGAAAGUUACGACUCGGUGAAACACUAACAAUGUCGCUAACAGAUUCAAUAGUAAUGACCAAAAUUUUACUUAAUGAAUAAUGAAACUCCCAAGAGAAUGUUGAAAGGGCCAGUGUUUUGGGCUUCCUUCUGCUUUGACAAAUAUUUUUACAUUUGAUUUUUUUUCCCAUAUUUACUAUUUUCUAUUGUUUGAAAAAUGAAACUGAAAACAACUAGAUCUGAUAAUAACAUUUCCGAGGGUUGGAAAAAGCAGUGAGCGUAGCUCAACAUUCGACAACGAUAGAGUCCUAAAGUCUGUGUUAACACUUUUGGUUAUUAAAAUUGUACUUUUUCAAAUAAAUAAAUUACAGCAUCUGUCUCAUCUAACGUUUUGAAUCACCCUGGUAACAAAAGAAGAACUCGAUUAAAAUAAUCAACCCCCGCAGUUUAAUUUCUUCACGUCGAUGCCACUGCCUGCUCUCAUCACAAUUUUGCUGUGUAACAAU